AUGGUCGCCAAGUUGGCUGCUCUCGCCGUCGCGCUGGUCGCAACGGCGUCCUCGGUUUCGGCGCACACGAUCGUCACGUCUGUCUGGGUCAACGGCAAGGACACGGCGACGGGCGGUGUCGGCGUCGCAGCUCCCUACAUGCGUGGCUCGACCAGCAACUCGCCCGUCCAGGAAGUCAACUCGGCGCUCAUGGCCUGCAACGACAAGGGUGCGACGCCGGCGGCGAGCACGCUCUCGGUUGCGGCCGGCGACGUGAUCGAGCCCGAGUGGUAUCACAGCGGCGCUCGCGGCGCCGACCCGAUCGACCCGUCGCACAAGGGCCCCAUCACGGCGUGGAUUGCGCCUUACGGCGACAACGCCAACUCGCUCGGCGCCAAGUGGGUCGAGAUCGCGUCCGAGGCCUACUACCCGAGCUCGUCCGAGUGGGCCGUCUCGCACAUGAUCGCCAACAAGGGCCGCAACAAGGUCACGAUCCCCAAGUCGCUCGCGCCGGGCAAGUACAUCGUCCGCUUCGAGCUCCUCGCCCUGCACUCGGCUGGCCAGGCCGGCGGCGCCCAGUUCUACCCUCAGUGCGCCGACAUCGAGAUCACCUCGGGCGGCACGACCAAGCUUCCCGCCGGCGUCUCGAUCCCGGGCUUCUACAGCGAGCAGACUCCCGGCGUCGUCUGGAUCUACUACAGCUCGAGCUACGACGUCACCGGCGACUACGUCGCACCCGGCACCGGCACCUGGGACGGCACGUCGGCCUACUCGACCGACAGGUGCCACGAGGUCGUCUCGGGCCUCGCGCCCACCGGCUACUGCCAGGACGGCGCUUCGCCUGCGCCUGCUCCCUCGACCUCGGCCUCCAAGGCGCCUGUCACGACCUCAAAGGCGCCGGCAACCUCGGCCGCCGCGUCGAGCUCCAAGCCCGUCGCGACCUCGGCUCCUCCUGCCUCGUCCAAGCCGGCUGCGCCCUCGUCGUCGACCAAGCCCGUCGUCACCUCAGCUAUCAAGACGACCACCACCGCCGCCGCCUCGACCCGUCCGGCCACGUCGUCGCAGGCCGCAUCCACCUCGGCGUCGGCUCCUCCUGCCGCCUACACCGACUACAACUCGUGCAUGCGCGCUAUGAACGUGUGCAAGGACGGCAAGAACGCGGCGGCGGCCAAGACGGGCGGAUCGGUCGACUUUUCGUCGUGCGACGCGAUGCAGUGCGCGUCGCUCCAGACGAAGCGCAUCCGGCGCUCGCACCGCGCCGCGAGCCACCGUGCCUAG